AUGCACCGCAAGAUCGCAGCCAUUACGGCCUUCAUCGCCGCCGCCAGCGCGCAACAGGCUUGUACAAGCCAGGCUGAGACUCAUCCUCCUCUGACAUGGCAGACUUGCACCACCGGCGGCAGCUGCACGACCAACUCGGCCAGUGUCGUCCUUGAUUCCAACUGGCGAUGGACUCACACCGUCUCGGGUUCCACCAACUGCUACGACGGCAACAAAUGGGACACCUCUAUUUGCACCAGCAACACGGUUUGCGCUGAGAAGUGCUGUGUUGAUGGCGCCGACUACCCUGGCACAUAUGGUGUCACCACUUCCGGCAGCCAGCUCAACCUCAGGCUUGUCACUCAGCAUGCCUACGGUAAAACAAUCGGUAGCCGUGUCUACUUGAUGCAGGCUGGUUCGGAUACUCAGUACCAGACAUUCGAUCUCCUGGGCAACGAGUUCACCUUUGACACGGAUGUCUCCAAGCUUGAGUGUGGGCUGAAUGGCGCCCUGUACUUUGUGAAGAUGGAGAAGGACGGUGGCUUGGCCAGUUAUCCCGGAAACAAAGCUGGUGCCAAGUUCGGAACUGGUUACUGCGACAGCCAGUGCCCUCGCGAUGUCAAAUUCAUCGGUGGACAGGCCAACGUUGAAGAUUGGGUGUCAGGCGAUGACAACCCGGAUGCUGGUGUCGGUGGCCUUGGUGCUUGCUGCGCCGAGAUGGAUAUAUGGGAGGCCAACAAGAUCUCCGCCGCCUAUACUCCCCACCCAUGCCAGAACAAUAACUACCAUGUCUGUGACGGUGACUCAUGCGGCGGAACCUACUCUGCCGACCGCUACGCCGGCGACUGUGACCCAGAUGGCUGUGACUUCAACUCAUGGAGACAGGGCAACAAGACUUUCUACGGACCUGGCGGCAACUUUGUCGUUGACACAACCAAGAAGGUCACCGUUGUCACUCAAUUCCACACUUCUGGAGGCUCCCUGAGCGAGAUCAGCCGUCUCUACGUCCAGGAUGGCAAGGUCAUUGCCAACUCGAAGGACCUCCUCGGCACCGGUGGUAACUCCAUCACCCAGGGUUGGUGCGAGGACAUCCGCGACGUCUUCACCGACAGGGACAGCUUUACCGAGAAGGGCGGACUUGCGCAGAUGGGCAAGGGCCUCAAUGGCAUGGUUCUGGUUCUCAGUCUCUGGAACGAUUUCUACGCCAACAUGCUCUGGCUUGACUCCAACUACCCAGUCGGCUCUACUAAGCCCGGCGCUGACCGUGGAAGCUGCCCCACCAGCUCAGGUGCCUAUCCCGACGUCAUCAACAGCAACUCCGGUGCUACAGUCUCUUUCUCAUAUACAGCCAACAUCAAGUUCGGUCCUAUCGGCUCUACCUACGGUUCUGGCACGACCAACCCAGGAACCACCACCACCGCAAGGGCCACCAGCACCACUACCUCGGGCGGGUCCCAGCCCACCGGCACUUCGCCCAUCUACGGACAGUGCGGAGGCAGUGGCUGGAGUGGCCCGACUUCUUGCGCCUCCGGCAGCUGCUGCAAGUUCAACAACGCUUGGUACUCUCAGUGCCUGCCUUGCUAG